UGUGACAUCAUUAUAUCUGUUUUAGAUAUAAAGACCAGUGUGAACAUCUGUUGUGGAAGUCAGGUUCUUGGUUAUCAUGUUGUAAAACAAGAAGAUCACUUUACAGAAAAUGUAAAAUCCCCAAACAACAAUAUUUGUGGAGAAACAAAGUUAAGUAGAAAUAACCUAACAACAUUUAAUAUACAUCAGUGUGAUGAUACAUUAUACAGUUGUGGAAAAACACUUGAUAACCUAAAACAACAAAAGAGGAUACAUUCUGGGGAGAAACCAUAUCACUGUGCUGUUUGUAGAAAAUACUUUAAGAGAAAUAGGCAUUUAAAACAACAUCAAAGAAUACACACUGGGGAGAAACCUCACAAUUGUACAAUUUGUGGAAAACACUUCCGAACAAAUGGUAACUUAAAAAUACAUCAAAGAAUACACACUGGGGAGAAACCUUACAGUUGUACAGUUUGUGGAAACACUUUCGAUAACGAAUAGGUUAACUUAAAAAUACAUCAAAGAAUACACACUGGGGAGAAACCUUACAGUUGUACAGUGUGUGGAAAACAGUUUGUUUCAAAUAGUCUAUUAAAACAACAUCAAAAAGUACAUACUGGGGAGAAACCUUACAGUUGUACAGUGUGUGGAAAACAAUUUGUUGCAUAUAGUCACUUAAAAGGACAUCAAAGAAUACACACUGGUGAGAAACCAUACAGUUGUACAGUGUGUGAAAAACUGUUUGGAACAAAGAGUAAAUUAAAACUACAUGAAAGAAUACACACUGGGGAGAAACAUUACUGUUGUACAGAUUGUGGAAAACAUUUUGGAACAAGCAGUAAAUUAAAAACACAUCGAAGAAGACACACUGGUGAGAAACCUUACAAUUUUCUGGAGUUUAAAAUUUGCCUUCAUUUAUUACAGUCACAUUCUAAUGCUAAUGUUAUCACUUUGGGGAUCAUGCCUACAACUAGUGCUAUCUCACGGGCUGCAGGUGUGGCGAAGCUGUGUGGGUUUGUAUCGGUGUUUAUCCUUCGAGAGAUUGAACGUUAA